GAAAACAGAAAUCCAUGAAGAGUGGCUUCAAACUUUCGAGGCGCUUGAAGGCAUGGAGCAGGAUCGCGUGGAGGACUUGUGGGAGUUGCUGGAGACAGACACACCGCUGAAGGUAGUGGCACUCGCUGAGAACCCUGCAACACAGGCAGCCAAGGCUCGGGCAAUGCUUCCGCCUGGGGCGGCGCACGUUGUCGCAGCUGAGCAGCAUGUCGAGUUCCUAUCAGCAGACGUGAGCAAAGGCGACACACUGCGAAGACUUUGCACAGAGCACUUGGGCAUUUCAAUGGAGGAAGUCAUUGCCUUUGGUGACAACUUCAAUGACAUCGAGAUGCUCAAGCUGGCAGGACACGGCGUGGCAAUGCAGAAUGCCCGUGAAGAGCUGAAAGAGGUUGCCAACAGAGUGAGCGAAUGGACCAACGAUGAUGAUGGUGUGGCCAGGGAACUGGAGCAGCUGCUGGCCUCCUUCGCAGAGUAG